AUUGGCUGAGAGGUGCGGUGUGAGCUGCAGGCGGUCUGUGAUUGGCUAGCAGUGUGUUUGUGGGUGUGGACGGCAGGGAUCGCUCAGUCAGUCAGUCAGUCUGUCAGUCUGUCAGUCAGUCAGUCAGUAUGGCCGCGCUCGGUGUGUCUCUGUGGGCUCCGGUUCUCGUGCUCGCGCUCGCUCUGGCCCCGGGCUGCCUGGCCGGCCUCCCCCCGCGGAAUGACACGGCCCGCGUGGCCCGCUAUGUGAUCCAUGAGUGUGACUGGGGGGCGCUGGCCACCAUCUCCUCACACAGCCCGGUCACCGGACAGCCCUUCAACAACGUGUUCUCCGUGAGCGACGGGAGCCGCCGGGCCGGCACCGGGACACCCUACUUCUACCUCACCGCCAUGGAGAUCUCCGUGCAGGACCUGCAGGUCAGUCAGUCUGUGUACCCCCUAAAUAUACUGAGUGUACCCCAAUAUAUACUGAGUGUACCCCAAUAUAUAUAAUACCAUGGAGAUCUCCGUGCAGGACCUGCAGGUCAGUGUGUACCCCUAAAUAUACAGUGUACCCCCUAAAUAUAUACUGAGUGUACCCCAAUAUAUAUAAUACCAUGGAGAUCUCCGUACAGGACCUGCAGGUCAGUCAUUCACCCCAAUAUAUAUAUAUAUAUAUAUAUAUACUGUGUGUGUAAACCCAAAUAUAUACUGUGUGUGUACCCCACAUAAUACCAUGGAGAUCUCCCUAAAUACUGACUGUACUCCUACAUACCGCUAUGGAGACCUCCGUUCAGAACCUGCAUGUCGGUGUGUACUGAAAUAAUCACUGUGUGUACUGGAAAUACUCAGUGUGUACCCCCAAAUAACCACUGUGCAUUAAUAUGACUGUGUACUCUUGUUUGUUUUUCCAAUAACUUUUUGUUGUGGGAGAAACUGCCAGUAAAUAUAGCAAACAGGGAAAAUUAAUCUUUGCCUUGUAAGUGUUCUCCCUACAUAUUCUCUGGUUGUUAUUUUAUGUUACUGGCAUAUGAGCACCAACUAAAAUCUUUGAAGUAAAUUAAUAUUUUAACUAACAUCAUGCUAUAUGUGCAACAACAAAUUAAAAAAAAUAAAAUAAAACUGUCCUGCUGCAGGCUACAGUGUAUUAUUUAUCUUUCUUUUUUUUUUAAAACAAACAGAUCCUUGGAAUUGGUACUUAGCUGGAGUUGUUGCAAAGCUUGUUGUGUUUGGCAAAUUUAGCUGCAAUUACAGAGUUAUGUGAGAUCUGCUCUUCAUGCAAAUUUCAUAACUUGAGCUAACUAUUUUGGUGAAGUAUGAAUUACUAACAUUCUUGCACCCACUUAUUAAUGAUAAAGCAACCAAGGCACUCUGAAUUAGUGGUCCAAGUGCUAUUAAGAGGUUGCUAUUUUCUACUUUGUUUGUUUUUUGUUUGGGUUUACAUAAAAUAAGCUGCUGUUUUGGCACAGGCUGUCAUAUGAUACAAUUUCCAAAUUGGUCCAGGACUCCCUUACACAGCCAGUGGGCAUGGAGAAAGUAAUGCCCUGUGAGCUAAGUAGGAGCAUGACCGCAGGUUGAGUAACAUAGCAGCUGGGUAAGUGUUAUAGGCACCAUACACACUUCAUGCUGCUCAAGUACUUCAGGCUAGCAGAGGUAAGCAAAUGUGGCUCCAGGUGGGAGGAGGAAAAAUGUUCAUAUCCAUGGGUGGGGAUGGAUUGACUUUUGACAAUGGAACGAUUGGGCUGUAUUGAGGUGGAUUGUUGGCUGGGAGUGGGCUACUAACUGAUAUACUAGUGUGUUCAUUUAAUGAAAAAACACUGACAUUUCAGAGAGUAGGGGAAUAACCCUAUUAUGACAAAAAAACACGUAACCUUAAUAAUAAAAUUAAACAGUAAAAUAAAUGAAGGAAGCCCUAUCCUUCAUUGGUAACUAAGGGUAAUAGUAUACAAUUAUUUGCAAAGUAUAUGCACAUAAAUACCAAAAGGGUAAUGUACGUUCUCUGUAAAAGGCCAUGGUAGAUACUCCCAAUUAUAAUAGGGGUAACUAUUUUCAAGCUACCACCCAAUUGAAACAAUUCAUACCGGGUACAAAAAGAUAAAACAAUGGUACUAGAGAAACCUAUAUAAUACAGCUACAAAUGCAAAGAGAGGGAUCGUGAGGGGCACCUCCCCUAAAUUAAUCAAAGUAACACACCAGAAAGUAUAAAAAGACUGAUAUAUAUCACAAUGCAGCUGAUAAGCCCUUAAAGCUAAUUGUAAUAUAAAGGGAUACGGAUGCCUAGAUAAUAAGUUAUAUCACGGUAAAAAAGGACUAGGAGUGCUAGUAAAAGCAAAAAAUAAAGAGGAAGAGGGGAGAAAAAUACACACAUAUCCCUAAAUAGACUUCGGCACCGUAGAAACCAACAAGCCAUUAAACAAAAAACAGUGCUACCCAUAUUGUGUGAAAAAACAAAGUGAACUACCAAGACCCGACGCAUGUUUUUAGGUGUUUGUAUUCCUGUCACUACAGUGUUCCUUUUAACAUCCCUACCCUUAUUGGUCACAUGGACUAGUUUCUGAACAUUGUGAAAGGCGUAAUCCACAUCGGCUAAAGUGCCAAACUUUAUCCAAACUGGACAGUCUGUAUCAGCACAGCGCCAGCCAAGUUAGAACCUCCCAACUCAUCCAUAUGUCUUUAUUUGCUAAUUCUUAUAUAAUUUCCGUAUCACGGCUGCUUUACAGAGAAUAGUGAUUACACUCCGGUAAUGGGUUACCCCCAUGCAAUAUACAAUCAUUACCCACCAAAACAAAGAGAAAACAUUGUAACAAAAUGGCCCAUGAGCAUACAAUCUGAAGGAUUAUAUAUAGUAAUAUCCAAACGGUGUGUCUCUUCCCACCAUUUCAUAUACAGGUUGAUGUAUGAUGGGUUAAAUGGUGUCCCAUCAAAGUCUUACACAUGUUUGUAGCAUGAGUGUAUAGCCAAAAAUAAGCUGCUGGUCUCAAAUCUCCCAGGGACAUUUCAGGAACCUGGUGUAUGAUGUGAAUAAUUCACAGGGUUCUCAAAGUAAAAGAGCGGUCCUGUCUGUUAAAUGUUGCUCCUGGAGGUCUUUAGGGAAUGCUUGUUAGGUAAGUACAUGUUUUAAUCUGUACACUUGAUGACCAUUUGGCCAGCACAGAGUAUACAUUAUGUUUAUACCUACCAGAAUUUGAGGUCUGUGACUGUUCAUCUGCAUGAAACUAACAGCAAUUUAUUUUACUUUAUUGCUCCUUUAGUAAAAUGCACAUAGCACUUAUUGACAGGGUGAUAACUGCUCCCAGUUUAUUUUAGGAUAUGGAAACGGUCCCUAUUUGUAAUGGGAUUCUCUUAGUACUGUAUGAUGGAAGAAUCCCAUGUUUACAUGAAGAUAGUCAGGCUCCCUGUUGUCUUCCAGAGUUCACAUACAGCUUUUACUCUGUGAAGAGUCACCGUGAAUCAUCAGUUUCUCCUAUAUUUACAGUGUCAGCGUGAUGGUUGAAAACUGUGUUGUCUAAAGAUAACACAACAGAUGUCUCACACAUUGCUGGAUACGCACAUUUUCUUUCUCACUUCUCUUUUUUAUGGUUUUGUGGGGUUUUUUUUUUUUGCGUGUGUAAUGAUGUUUGAACAUUAUUCUUGAGUCUGACUUCUCUAAUUCCAUAGUAUAAACCAUACAACUAUCACACAAUGUAUAUACACUGUGGGUAUUAAUUAACAGGGUGCUCCCCAAAGUGUGAAUUGUCAGGAAGAUAAUUUGUAAUAUUAGGCUGAAAUAACCAAAUUGAAAUCCUAGGUGACUUAAACAAACGUUUCUAAACCCGCUAUUAUGUCCUAAAAUGUGAAAUUCACUUAUAACGCAUGAUUCGUUCCUAGCCAGUAAGCGUGUGUGUGUUAUUUUGAAACCACAGUACCUGUCAGCAGAUGGGAUGGUUUCCCUUUACAUCCAUUGAUGCUCAGGUAGCCUAGCCUGGCCGAGCUUGAUGUGAAAUGUAUCCAGAAAAGCAAAAUACAGACCUCAGAGGUUUAGCAAUUAAACCUGUUUUAAAACAUAAGUGAGCACCUUUCAGAUUUAUACAAUGUAGUGCAAUUUCUCAAUAUGGCUCUACUUCGGGCUGUUCUAAUAUUUGCAUACUAUAUCACCAAUAAUAAGGUGAUUUCAAUGAAAGAGUUACACUUUUUACCUGCAAUUUGUCAGAUGGCUGUUCCUGGUCUUGAAUCUGUACAGUGUGAAUUGUUUGAUUACAUAAUUGUUUCUUUUAAUAAAGUUUGUCAUAAAUUGCCAUACGUGAAAACCUAAAAAUUUUUUUAACCUGACUUGUGUUUAAAAAAAAAAAAAAAAAGUUAUUUACUGAUUUAUGUAUUAUAUGCAGAUGGUCAUUUGGUUUUGUGAUGUUAGAGACAAAAUUCGAAAGAGGCCCAAUUCCAUUUGAUAUGUUAUCAAAUUGGUGCUGGGCCCUUAGAUCAGUUUAAAGGAACACUAUGGUAAGCCCCUAUCCCUCACAUACUAGGCCCACCCCUGAUGGCUUGAAAUGGAUUCACAUGCCUGAAUCCAGUGCUGAGGUCCUCUCCUCCACCUCCAACAUCACAAUGUGCAUGCACGGCCAACGCAUUAAAUCAGUGCUUCCUAUGCUGGAUGUCCAUAUGCAAAGUAUUUCCAAGAUAAAUAGACGGUUCCUACUUUAUUUUUUCAUAAAAAUACUGCAAAAUUCAUGCAUUGUGUUUCUGUGUGUGAAAAUUACGCUGGCUGCAAUUACAUUUAUUAAAACUCACCCCUGUAUCUUGCCAGCUUCCAAAGUAUUUCUCAGAUAUUCCCCUGUGUUGCCAAGAAAAUGCACAGAUCCAUCUGUUAGAAAAAUGCUUGGAUUGGGAAUUUUUUUUCUUCCAAAUACUGAUGGAUUCUGUAGGAUACAGAUAAGGCGUUACAAGGAUAAGGCAUUUUUUCUUUUUUUACUUUUUCUCUUUGUACGUUUUGGCCUUUUAAUUCUUUAAAGGUGUUUGUAUAUUUUUUUUCAUUCAAGUUUUAUUUAAUUUAUUAUGGUUUAGAUUUUUUUAUAUAUAAAACUCUGGAGAAAAUCUUGGAGGACUGCUGCAAAUACAUGAAAACUUUGUUUUGACUCUGUAUCUUAAAAAAAUAAAAUUAAAAUAAAAAGUUUGGUUUUUCUAUCAUUUCAUAAUGAUCAAAUUUUUAGCCAUAAACUCCUACCCAAUGAGUCUUUAGUUUAGUUUGUCUUCGUACAAUUUUAGCAUGACAUUUUGUUACGUGUUACCAGCCAUGCACUGCAACAACCUCAUUCCUUUUAAUUAUUUUUUUUCUCCUCCCCAGGUAAACCCAAAUGCAUCCUUCACUGCGUCCUUGGCUCAGACCCAUUACUGCAAAAAGGAGGGCUUCGACCCCCAGAGUCCCCUCUGUGCACACGUUAUACUGUUUGGUAACAUUCAGCAGGUGAGGUCUAAUAUCUUCCUUGAGACUUCCUCUUUGUUCAUGAUCCAGUAAGUGGCUUCUUAAACGUGGAUAGAUUAUGUGCUGGACACUUUUGCUGGGGGGAAAAAAGUUGUCUAGUUUGCUGGGGUCCGAUUUAUACCCUUGACAGGUGAUAUUGAUGUUAAAAAGUGAGUCUAAGUGCCAAAACCACUUCAGCUUAAUAACGUAGUUUUAGUGUAUAGAUCGUGUCCCUGCAGUCUCAUUACUAAUUUCUCUUUUUAACAUUUUUAUUUCUGCAGCUCCUAGCCAAGUCUCCCCUGCCUGUAAGCCUCCCUACACACGCCAUGAAAACAAAUUUUUAUAUGUAACCUAUCAUAACAGAGUGUGUUUACUUUAAAGGGACUCUUCAGUGCCAGGAAAACAAACCAUUUUCCUGGCACUGCAGGUCCCCUCUCCCUCCCACCCCCCAUCCCAAGUUGCUGAACGAGUUAAAACUCCUUCAGUGACUCACCUGUAUCCAGCGCCGAUGUCCCUCGGCGCUGGUUCAGGGUCCACCCACGCUCCUCCCCCGCCAGAUGAAGUAAUCCGACGGGGGAGACCUAUUGCGCAUGCACGGCCACUGGUGGGAGAGACCUAAUGGCAUUAGACCUCAAGAUAGGAAAGCAUUGAAAAAUGCUUUCAAUGCUUUCCUAUGGGGAUUUAAGCGACGCUGGAGGUCCUCACAUAGCGUGAUGACGUCCAGCAACGCUAUAGCACACUUUUCGUGUCCUAUAAUCAGGGUGUUUUACACUAACUCAGCCCUAUUUGAAGUAUACCCUAUAGUUGCCGCUGCUGUCACUUGGUCUAGGUUGUGGAAAGGGCAGUCCGUGUGCUGCUUUUUCGACAACCUGGCAAUAUGCCACAUUAUCAAUAAGGACCACUCUUCCUCCUUGGCGAUUAUGAGUUUCCUUAGGAAACUGACAUGGUUGGCAGCUACCCAUCAGUUCCACAUUAUAUGCUCUCAUGUUCCCGGGAUAUACAAUACGGCAGCUGACCGGCUAUCUCGCUACCUUGGCAGCUUGCUUGGCAACCCCAGCUCCAACCUUCCAAGACCUUAUCAUGGAGUAGAUGAACUACUUCAGCACAGCCAUGCUCUCACCAAGUUAGCCUUAUCCACCAGCACUCAACACGCAUAUCACAGAGCUUUUCACUUGUACAAACAAUUUAUGUCUGACCAUCACCUAACCAACUGGUUUGAGGUUUCUUCACUGAUAGCUCUUGCCACCUUAAAUUUAAAUUCUCACAUAACACUGUUACGCUGUACCUCACGGGUAUACAACGCCAUAUGUAUUGCUCCUUCCCUUAUGGUUAUAAGGGUUUCUUAACUUCUUACCCCAUCCGAACAUUGCUCAAGGGCAUAGCAAAAGCGGAUGGUCCAGCAACACUCAAGAGACUGGCCAUUGACAUUAAAAUGUUCAAAUCCUUGUCCGACCUACUCGACCAGGCACCAUUUGAACCCCAUACGAACGCAGUUAUUAAAACCGCCAUUUAUUUAGCCUUUUAUGGUUUCCUUAGACCAAGAUAAUUCACCAUUAGUGGCCAGCACCAUAGCCGAGGGUGCCUCCUCACCUCUCACCUUAUGAAUCACACAGACCACUAUGUCCUGACCCUACCCAAGACCAAAACAAGUCAGAUGGGGGAACCGGUUCACAUAACCUACUAUCCCACAGGGAACAAUUGGUGCCCGGUGAAGGUGCUGGACGCUUUCUUAGCCACAACUCCAACACCAUCACGCACCACAAAACCACUACAUGAUGCAAUUCUUACCACGGCUAAAUGUAUGCUUUAUGUCCGUAUGCUUAUCACCAGGCUUGGUCUAAAUCCUAGCAACUACUCAGGGCACGCCUUCAGAAUCGGAGCUGCCUCUAGUCAAGAUAUCCCAGCGCAAGUGAUUAAGACACUGGGUCGCUGAAAGUCCUUGGCUUACGCCACUUACAUCCCACACCCAGUCCAAGAGAUUAGGAGGGCUUUCAUUAAGAUGUCUACCUAAUAUGUAAUAAUGUACUAUGUUUCUGAAUAAAUGUUUUGCUUUGAUUUAUCUCUUUUUGCCCACUCUAUUACCGGCCUACAGCAUACAUCGGUUUCGGCACACCUCAACCGACUAUUCCUUUUUAUUUACUCCUCUUCACCAGUGUAACACAGACAGACACAGACAGACACAGACAGACACAGACAGACACACAGACACAGACAGACACAGACAGACACACACAGACACACACAGACACACACAGACACACACUGACACACACUGACACACACUGACACACACUGACACACACUAUCUGACACAGACUAUCUCACAAAAGUGAGUACAUUCCCUCACAUUUUUGUAAAUAUUUUAUUCUAACUUUUCAUGUGACAACACUGAAGAACUGACACUCGGCUACAAUGUAAAGUAGUGCGUGUCCAGCCUGCAUAACAGUGUAAAUUUGCUGUCCCCUCAAAAUAACUCAACACACAGCUAUUAAUGUCUAAAUCGUUGGCAACUCACAGACACAGAGAGAGAUAGAUAUAUCUAUCCAAAUCUGUGUGUGUGUGUGUGUGUGUAUGUAUGUGUAUAUGUAUGUGUGUGUGUGUAUAUGUAUAUAUAUAUAUAUAUAUAUAUGUGUGUGUGUGUGUGUGUGUGUGUGUGUGUGUGUGUAUGUAUAUACACACUCACACACUGACAGACAUACAGAUGCAUGCACACACUGACACAUACAGUUAUACAUACAUAUAUACAGAUAUGCAUACACUCACACACAGGCUUCCCUGAUGUCUAGUCUGCAGUCUGAGGAAGUUGGACGUAAGGGGCUGGCUCUUGCGACCUGCAUCCCCUCCUCUCAUGCCUUUUCCUCUAGCUCCUGUCUCUGGUGCCGAUAGGCAAGGGUCCGGUCAUGCUGUUUAAGGCCCAUGGCGAUCGACCAGGCCCCUGCUGAUCAAGGUGCAUUGGGUGGCUCUCUGCAAGCGGCCAAUGGGCCGGAUAUUUUGCAUGCCUGGCCUACUGUGUGAAUUUAAAGUUUGCAAACAAAGCUUCGCAGGAAGAAACCAGAAUCAGAGAAUUACAUGUUUGGACUAAGCCGUUCGUUCUGCCGCAUACCCAAACAUUGGUCGAGACUAGAUGAAGGGUGCAAUUCCAAGUGCCCUGCUUAUAUACACAGACUCACAGCUAAAACAUAGGUAAACCCACCCAGGUGUCUGUGUCUGGGAGAAUAGUGAGUUUGAUUUGCUUCAACUAAUCUCCCAGGCACUAGAGGUACAAUGCACAAAACAUAAAACACCACAAAGCACAAACAAUAUUAAUAGGAGCCCUGACAAGUCUUAUAUCCCCGGAUAGCCUGGAUUGGAGCGCCUAAGUUGCCCAAAUAGUGCUCAGAUCCCGAUAGUACAAAUUGCCACCGGGGUAAAGUUUUGACAAACCACACAUGUGGCGGCUUUCCAAAUUGGUUCCGUAAGAAAAGUGAUAGCGGCUGGUCAGCCUACGGGAGAUCCUGCAUGAAAUUAAACAAAUGGUUCCUCUAACCCGUAGCUGAGCGAAUGUUCGGGAAUGUCUUUUUACCGAACAGCUCUCUCCUUGCUUGUCUGGGAAAGAAGUAGGUGACGGUACAAAGUUACUGGGGUUCUCGGGUUAAGGUAUCCAUCCUAGAGUUCCACGCACUCGACGACCUCAUACUGCUGCCUGCAUUCGGGAGACAAAAUGGACACCAUUUGCCAGAACACAUGCGUGAGGUUAUACGAAUCAUGGCCACCCAGAGAAAACACUUGAGUUUCUGCUUUUAAAAAAAAUAAAAAUAAAAAAUUUAAGCUAACGAGCAGGGGGGGAGGAGGGAUCGGUGUUUGGUAGAUAAAAGUACCGAACCAAGGGAAACAUAUUGGGCUCAGGGAAAAUGAACAUAGUUUCAGGGCAGUUUGUCACAAGCAUCAUAUUCCAAAUGUACUCACUUCUCUGAGUUAGUGCUUUGCAAAAAUGGAGUUGAUCAGUUUAGCUUCAGAGGUUGCUUGAAAAACCAAUAAAUGCAUAUUUUUAUUUUAACUGCCUUGUGUUCAAAUGCACAAAACAUAUACAUGUAUAAGACACACCUUCCCUGUGAGUGCUUUUGGUACCUUGUUUGUCUUCACUUGUGGAUAUGUAGUGAUCAAAUGCAGAGCUAUACUACUAGGUAUGUACUGUGCCUGCCUGAGUAUCAUGGGAGCUGUAAUCUACAGAAUGCCGAAAGGUCCUCUCCUAGUCAUUCUACAUUGAAUAGUUACCACGUUUUGUUUAACUACAGAUGUAGGGAUAGGAUAAAGACAUUAGCUCAGCAACAUUGUUCUUUAUUGUAGUGAAAAGCACUGUGUAACAUUCUUCUAAUGCAUUUUUUAUACCCAGGUGAGUGGCACCGAGAUAGACACUGCAAAGCUGGCACUGUUCACUAGGCACCCCGAAAUGGCCAGCUGGCCCCGCGAUCACAACUGGUUCUUUGCCAAACUAAACAUCAUGAACAUCUGGCUGCUGGAUUAUUUUGGCGGCAUCAAAACUGUGACUCCAGAAGAAUAUUACAAAGCUAAGCCUUAGCAGGUAUCUUAUUGUUUGUUUAUUUUUUCCUUCAUUUUAAAUAAUUAAAAAAAAAAAUACAAAUUAUUUAUUAGGAAUGUCAGAUAUCCUUUCCAGAUAAUUUGUCAAUCAUAGAAUAAUGUACAUAUAAAUUUAAAACCUUUGCAAUCAAAGCAAAUGGAAGACCACUGUGUUUUUUUUUAAAUUGAACAAUUAACCCACUACUUGUCUAUUCAUCACAAUUGAGGGAGGAAAAAUUACCCCCCUAUAUUCAUUAUGAUUAUGUUUCAGUUUGGGACUCUGAGGAGUAGACAUAGGACAACAAUUUGUGAGUCACAAAAUAAGUAAACUAAACUUAAAAAACAAGAACCUACAAAUCCUAAUUAUCACCUUUCCAGAGGACCCUCUCUUUUCCACAACACCCCUGAAAGGUGAAAGAUGGGUAGCUGUGUCUAGCAGGUUCCUUAUUUAAAGUCUGACGUUUCCAGCAAAGAGAGAUAUGUAUAUAUACACACACACACACCUCGGCUUACAAACACCUCGUUUAACAUAAUUUUUGGCUUACAAAUGAAAAUCCAUUGAAACUAAUGCCUCGGUUUACACAUUUUUUUUUGCAAUACAAAGCAAGUUUCCCCAGGAUGCAUUGCACCUGGGAGAUUUAUAGCCCCGCCCCCUGCAUGCUGGAGUAGCACGUGCAGUCGAAUGUGGAGGUGUUGGAGCGGAUUUUGCCUCGAGUUUUUGAGCCAUUCUGGGAAUUGUUUGCAGUUGUUUUGGGACUUUUUGGUGCAGUUCUCAAGCUGUGGAAAGGUAGGGAGCUGAGCUUCGUCGUUUGCAUGCCUUUUAUUGUGUGCUCAGCAUUGUGGGUUGGUUUCCAUGCCAGCUCGUUUCGACUUUUUUCUGACCUCCAGAACGGAUUAAUUGGUUUUCAAUGCAUUCCUAUGGGAAACCACGUUUCGGUUUACAAAUUUUUCGCAAUAAGAAACGUCCCGGAGAACGCAUUAAAUUCGUAAACCGGGGUCCCACUGUAUAUAUGAGAGAGCGAGAGAGAGAUUUUUAAAUACCCUACAUCUAAGGACACUGUAUCCUAUUGGAUAACAAGGGGCAUAUUUGUAAACCAUGCUUCAGUGGUCUCUCAUAGUUGAUGGUUAUUGCAUCACCAUGUUGACAUUUUGAAAAUGAAUUGUUUGAUUGUACACACUCUGCUCACUGAUGGUGUGAGCAGAUUAUCUGAACUAUCCAAUCAGGCGCAUCUUAAAAAUAAUAUUCUGUCUGCAGUCCAGAAAUAACCCCAGCUGAUUCAAAGUAGGAUACAGAAGGACCCUCCUCUGCAAUUCAAUUUUCUGUCAUUGAAAUGUUCCAAUUCAGAUUUAGCCUAGUCUUUGGUUAUUUUCUUAUAUUUACGUUUCAGUGUGUGGGUAAAGAAAUCUAAUUUAGACAAGUUUAGAUUUCUACAGCCUGAUACAGUUUUCUAUUAGCUUGCCUGAGAUUGUAUUUCUUGGAUCCCCUUUGGUGGUAGAGAACUUAACUGUGUAUUUUACGGCAACUGAACUCCCACAAAGUCCCUGACUCCCUGUAGAUGGGAAUCUUGACACUAGCGUGAAACGAACAAGCUGGUUGUGAGCCUGAUUCCACUACAAGGUGUGUAGCAAUUCUAAAUCCUAAAGGCUGGGUACCUGCAGGGUUUUGGUCUGUAGCACUUUAAGAAUAUUUCACAAGGACUUUGUACAUGCAAGAAUCAUCUCUACAUUUUAAACCGUCUAUUUCUAACUCACCAAUUUUAUAUUGUCUGCUUUCUUUUCAACAGAUUUUGGAGCCCCAGAUUUCAUCCAGCAUUUUGACUGCUUUAUGAACAAACAGAAAAUCAUAUCUGCCAAGGGGUUUAAAUUGUUAAGAAAUAUUUAACCAGUGAAUAGAGGUUUUUAGAAUUGAGUAAAAGCUAUCAAUAUAUAUUGCAGUAUUGCCAGUGCUGAAAAUUGUACUCAAAUGAGGCCAGCUUACCAAAGAUAGCUGUAUUAUUUUCAGAAGUUUGUAAAGCGCUGCAGAAUUUGCUGGUGCUAUAUAAAUAAUAACAUAAUAAUGAUGACCUUUAUUCUGGGAAGUAAUACAAGCUUUUGAAAUGGCUUUUUAGAUUAUGCCUUUGCUAUGUAAAUUAGAGUGAUCAUAAUGUAUUAUCUGCUCUCACUGAUGUAUAUAAUGAUAUAUGUUCACAAUAAUAUAAAGGCAGGACUGGGUACACCGUAUUAGGGGGGGGAAAGGCAUUUAUUAUGGCAAAAAUGUAUGUGACAUUAAAUUGCCUUUCUGAAAACUACCUGUGUGCUCACUACUGGGGAGUACUUUGCCCGUUCUAGAUUGAUACCAUUUUUGGGUGUGCUCUCUCUUCCUGUUUGCACUUUGUCACAGAAGGUCUGAGAUGAGAGAUUUGGUUUCUUUGUAAGCUUUAAAAGAAAAUGAUGAAUGUGAUUAUAAACUUCUUGUCUGACCAUGAGGUACUCUAUGAUCCUAGUUUGUCUCAGAUUUUACUGUAGAACUAACAAAUUGGGGAUCUGUUUAGUAGACGAGAUUAAUAUGAAAUUCAUGUCAUUCACAAUUAUAAAUAUCUGCCCUUUAAAUUCAACGAAUAAUCAAAUCACAUGGAGAAAAUGCGUCAGUCGUGUGACAUGUUUGAUUUGGUCAUUUUGUUGAAUGAACAAACCGCUGACUUGUCCAAUUUUUGGCAAAUUCUGGUUUGUCCAAAUGCCCAAGUAAAAAACAGGGAGCCAUGGACGUUCUAGUCCCUGCCUUUACAAUUUAUACUACUAGCUAACUCUUUUAGACCUGUUCUGGCAAUAAAAGGGUUGAGAAGUGCCUUUAUUAUGUGUUAAUGAUCUACAUAUUCUUUAUUUAAAUUACCUGUAAAAUAAACUUUAUUGAAUGUAAUAAGCAGAUUUAUAUUCUAUUUUUGUAAAUGAGAAACUGAAAUCACAUUGUGAUUGCUUGUGUUAGUAUGAAAUAAAGAUAUGAUUACUAUGUUUUUUUGUCCUUUAAUGAGCUUAAUACGUUUGUAUGCAGCAAAUUGAAAGGAGCCAAGUGUCUAUCUCUGGGUCUGAUAUUAUGGACCCUAAGAGGGUAUCUUUGUAUAAUUUGAAUAUUGUGUGAGUUUAACCAUGCUUUAAAUACAUUAUGUAUGUAAUGUUUACAACCCUUGAGGUGUCUACGAUGCAUUUACUGUAAAUACUGUUCAGAUCUCUGAUAAUAUUCAAUAAAACCUUGGUAAUGAAAGCCAUUAGUUAAGAUAGUGUAUUUAGGACAGUAGUACAGUAUGAUGGUGGUAGAGACAGUAGUACAGUAUGAUGGUGGUAGAGCAGAGGGUUUUAAAGAACUUUCUUAUACAAAGCUUAGAACUUGUAGAAACUAUUUUUUGAUGUGCUGCGGUUGAACAAAUGAAACAAAUGUCCAACCUCCCUUGCUCAUCCAAGAAAUUAGAAGAUAAGGUUAUAUAAUUUUUGUGGAUGUUCUAUUAAAGGGACACUUUGGGUACGAACACUGUUUAUGAAUGAGGCCAAAAACUAUGAAAUGCACUUACUGUUAGCAUCUUUCUGAUUGCAAGUGAUUACUCAGUGUAGCUGAGCCAAUUAUUGAGCAAUGUGUGCUGCUGUCUUACACCUUCUGUAUAGUUAUUCAACUCCAUGCUAAGGGGGGAAAGGGCACAUAACUAGAGGGCAGUGAUUGGUUGUGGGACAAAACCAUACCAGCAGCUCAGCUCAUACUAACCUCCCAUUGGCCGAACAUAAACCGAGCAGGGUUAUUCUGUGGAAUGCUAGGUAAACGGCAUAUAAAUCACACUCUUCUAUCACCAGUCUUCAGGGACACUUAAAGGACCACUAAAGGCACUCACUCCACUUUAAUGAUGUGAUCCAGGUGCAGUGGCCCUUUUAGUUUUGACCCUGAAAUUUAAAACCUUGCGGUUUAGUAGAUAUGGCAAUGCUUACUUUUCAGGGUUAGGUACGCCUUCAUUGACUGCCUUCCUGACAGCCCAUAGAGGAGCUUCAGCUGUGAGAACAAGUGAGUCAAACUCUGUUCUUACAGCUAGCCUCUAUUUGAUUGGAGGAAUACAGCGUUAGCCGCGCAUGUUGUCCUCAGUGCUCCUCUAUUGGAAUUGGAUGAAAUAGAGUCUGCGUGUUGUUGCAGGCGGAAGGUACUGCAUCUCAGCCCUGGGGGGAAAAGUAUGGAUAACAAACAUGCAACAUUAUUACCACACACCUCAAAGAAGGGGACAGGGACAGAAAUAUCAGAAAAGGCAGCUAGCCAUCUGUAGAAAUGGCAAUGAAUAUUUUUAUUUUUUUAAUUUGAAAAGAGAUUUUGAUGUGGGAAAAAGCCUAAUGAGUGUAAAGCCUCAACAUGCAUUUGCGGAUUGUGGGAACAUUUAACCUCUUCCCAACCAAAAAUGUAUUUGAAACACUUGGUGCAUAACGAGCAUAUAAUUAAUUUGUGUAUAGAUUGCUGAUCCAUUUUACACAAAUUUUAUAAAUAUUUUUUUGUUUGUUCAUUCUAUAAAAUAUUUGGGAAAUGUAAAGCUUUACAGUGAC